CAAUCACGUCUUCUAGCUUGUCAUGACUAGCUUAGAAGACUGCUGCAGAGUUAAUAUUUAACUAAAAAAAGGAGGAUUGAACCUGCCUUUUCUGCGUUUGUGUAGCUCGGCCUAUUGGGACUAGUAAUUUCACAACAUACGAGGUUCUGCCAGUUCCAGAGUCUACUGAAUCUAAGUGGGAGGACUGACAAACAUUAAGUGUAAUGGAGGUGCUGGUGCUUUUAGAUUUUGAGGGAACGAUGGGGGAUGAGAUGACAAUUCGUGCUGGUGAUGUGGUGAAGAAUGUGACCAUGUCCAGUGAGGAGGGCUGGCUAGAAGGAGAGCAUUGCGGAAAGAAGGGCAUCUUCCCUGCUAACUUUGUCAAGGAGGUGCCUGUUCACUUAAAAGGAGACAGUAAGAGGGAGCCACGAAGCCUGAGAAAAACAAAGGUGAUGAAGGAACAGUGCAGGAAAUGUGAAGUGAUUUACACCUAUGCACCAAUGCACCAAGAUGAGCUAGAACUAGUUGUUGGAGAAACCAUAGAGAUCAUCAAAGAGAUUGAAGAUGGAUGGUGGAUGGGGAAAAAGGGUGGAAAAAUAGGAGCUUUUCCAUCAAACUUUGUAAAAGAAAUUUUUGUCUGUCCAAAAGAUGUGAAAAGCAGAGCUAAACUCUCUGAUGCCAUCUUCAGCAAAGAGGAAGCAAUCCAGCAAAGAGCAAGUAUACGUAAAAAGACAAACAUAAAAGAAUGUUGCCAAGUUAUGUUUGACUAUACGGGAAAUGCUGAAGAUGAACUAGAUCUAAAGAAGGGAGACAUUGUCACCAUCAUCAACAAGGCCAGUGGUGACGAGGGAUGGUGGGAAGGCGAACUAAAUGGGCGAAGGGGCUUCUUCCCUGACAACUUUGUCAUGAUAAUCCCAAUGGAAGAUCUCCAAGGUAAAAGCCAACCACCAGUGAGACGUGGCACAGAAAAGCAUUCAGUAAAACAACCUUCUGGAAUGGAUAAAGGCAGCACUGAGGCAAGCAAAAAGUCAGAAAACAAAGAUGAGAAGUCAGAAGCCAAAGAUCUCAGAAUUGAUGUUCCUGGUAAAAUAAAGCUGCCUGGUUUGUUUAAAGCCCCACCACCUCCAGUUAAAGACAAACCAUAUAAACCUGCAUCCAAGCCGAGUGAUGACCAGUCUCCUGUGUCACCAAAACCUACAGACAGUAAACCAAAAGAUUCAGACCAAUUUGAUGGAGUUGAUGUGUCUUCUGCUAAACUUAACCACCCAACAGCCAGCAGAGCAAAACCUCCACAGAGGAGACCACCAUCACACACACCUGCGUCCAGUGACAGCAACAAAAAUGAAGCAUCAGCAGUAACAGAAACAGAUGGAGCUGAUAAAAAUCAUACAGUUUCUCCCAAGACAGAGACAAAACCAGCAGAGGUCCAGGAGAAGAAACCGAUGCUGGAGCAGAUUCUAGCUGAACUUAAAGAACUGCGCAUGGAAAUGGAACUGUUCAAAACGCGACAUGAAACUGACAUGAAGGAACUUAAAAAUGAGUUAAAUGAGGAGAAAAGCAAACGAACAAGAUUACAGGAUGAAGUGGAAUUGCUGAGGAGGCAGAAGUAACCACAACUCAGCCAUCAUUUGAGAUUGUGGUUUAUAUGCGCUAUGCUGCUUUUAGCAGAAUGCUGACUCAUCAUAAAUCACGUGUACAUGUACACAUCGGACCUCACAGCAAUUACUGAUAUAUAUAAACACACACACACAAAAGGUUAGACAAAUGUGCAUGUUUUCUAGCAUGUCUGACAUUUGAAACAUAUGGUUAUUAUAUGGUGUAUAGUAAUCUUGGUGCUCUGUGCGAUCAUGUAAAAUAUGUCCCAAUGAUCCUGUUAAUUUUCUAUUUUGCAAAUACAGAGUUCAUAUUCUCCCCAUAUUUUAAAUCUCAUCACAUUCAUGAAUAAUUGUUUACAUUUAACAGGUACACACAUCAUUGUCUUUAUUUAAACCUUUGGUAGUGCUUUAACGUUCAUUCAGCUAACACUAUUCAGAAUAUCAGUUGACAUUAACACACCUUGAACUUCAGUAUUAGUACACCACAGAAAACACAAAGAAAGAACCUAACACCUGUAUUACAGUAGCUAGUUUUUUUUAAACAAUAAAAAAUAGGCACAAUUAUCUACACCUUAUGCAAUGUUUAUACCAUUAUAAUUCUAUGAUUAAAAGCUCUUAUAAGAUGAAAUAUAAACUUUAAUUAUGUUUUUUGACAUUUAGAAAUGAGUAUAAGAUGCACGUUUUAAAACUUACACCUCUAGUUUAAUUAAGCAAGAUAAGGUUUUUUUUUAAACAGACCUUAGUUUUUUUCAAAUUUAUCUUUUAACUUGCUUUGCUACUUCCUUGAUGUUACUUUAUUGUUUCUUAAUUACAUGGUUUAUUAAUGCUGAAGUUCAUAGUGUGUUAACAAAUGGAUUAAAUUGUCAGUUAAGGAAACCUUUAUGUAAAGUAUCACAACUUUUUGUCCUUUUUUUGCAGUGUAGUAAACAUCAUAUCAGAUUAUUUCUUUAAAAACAAAAACGUUUAUUUAAUAAUGUGAUGCAGUAUAAUGAGACUAAUUUAUUCUUACUUUAUAAUGAUGUCCUUUGCUAAAAAAGCCUCUCAUGCUCAAAGACUAGCAUCAGACCUUAAUCAUGAGUUGAUGAGCUGCACUCAAAGCAGGGUUAUAUUUUCAACUGUUCAUGCAUGUGAUAUAUUUUAUUUAAAAAAUAUAAAAAUUCUUUGUCACUAUGGCACAGUGGGUAGUGAGAGUUGUUACCUCACAGUGACAAGGCUGAUGGACCUUCUGCUUGGGUUUGGAGGGAACCCUUUUUUAGCUGCUUGUAAAUACAAAAAGUGCAAAAUUAGCAUGACAAUUGGACAUUGGCUUUCUAUGGCAAAAGGGUCUGAUUGCCUUUCUGAUCAUUUUCUAUUCAGCCUUGAUUAUGAUUGCUGUGGGUUGAACUUGUGAGUACAUACAUAUUCACCCCUGUUACUGUGAAAUCCCAUAGAUUACUUCUCUGCCCUUUUGUCUUCUUGCCCUCUGAUGUUUGGUACACAGUUUUCUUUGGGCAGAAUCAUGCUUCUGCCAUAUUCUUUCCAUUAAAUAAAAGAAUAUUUUUA